AUGACAGACACCGCGUCGCCCCAUGCUGCACCUGCACACGACAAUGUUUCCCCGGAAGAAAACACCACGCCCUCUUCUGAUGCGCCCCCGGCUCAGAACGGAAAGCCAAUUCUGAAACCUCUGGACACGACCACCCAUAACCAUAUUUCGCAAGAUUCAAGCAGUGACUCUGAUUUAACGCCAGUAAAGUCCGACGAUGAUGAACGCGUUUCUGCCUCGAUCUUGCAGGACGCGCCCAAUGUCGAAAAUGUUGGCGACAUCCUCGACGACAGACCUGCAAAGCGCCCACGACUUUCGACGCCUCCUCCUAAUUCCCUGGUGAAGAGACCGAAGCCAAUAUCGCCACCGUGGAAGAAGUUUGAAGCGGACACGCCAACAACCUUUACUGAAGAUGGCAAGCGCCGGUCUGGGAGAACCAACAAUGUUCCUCUGGAUCUGCAGCCUCAAGGACGCAAGCGCAUGACACGGGGCGCUUUGAGCGAUCAAAAGGGAACGCCAGCCAGCAAACCGCAGGUCAACGGCCAGCAUAAAGGUGUUUCGUCCAGCAAGGCAACUCCUGUCAAGAGCAAUACUCCAGCAUCCAAAUCGGCCAGCAACAAGAAAGCUCCUCCUCCUUCCACCACCAAGUCUGCUUCAAAAACAUCAAGUCGCCGACGAUCCUCCCCUCCGCCGCCAGUAUCGCCGCAGCGCACAUCUGCCAGACAACGAAGCGCACGUAAUCUCCGUGGUAACUUUGAGUCUGGCGCGCGUGACUCACAAAUCUCAAAACAUGAAAGCCCGCGCUCAACGAGGAUCAAGCUGCGCGUUCGUGCGACUGCCAUUCCAAUCGUUCACCCGAACCAAGUAAAUGUCUAUCCUGGACAGACAGUGGCACGCCCCAAGAUAGGAGAGACGUUCGCAGAUUUCAUCGACAAGGCAUCAACCUUCGACAUCAAAGAUGGAGGUUGGCAGGAUCCUCUCGACGAUGGUCCUCCCUACACAGAUGCUCAAGCGGAGGCUGACGCCAAGGUACUUUUGCGGGUCGAGGACGAGUCGAAGCCUGGUGGAAUGCUUAGCGAGGAGCGUUGCGCAUUGUUUGUGCCCGAUGUCGCCGAGGAACCUGCACGGCAAUGGGCACAGUACGAUCAUCUCUUGAGAGCAGCGACAAAUUUCCGAAAGCUCAUGGUUCAGGAGCACCAAAGACACAAACAGACAGCCAAGAGGCUCGCAGAGGCCUGUCGCGACGAGUGGAUUCGCCGACAACCGAAAUCAACCGAACAGAUCGAGGCCGAAGCCAGAGCACUGUGGAUAGCACGCUACAAGACGGUCGCCAAAGCAUUAAUAGGCACCUGGGAGAAUGUUCGUGUUGAGAUCAAUCGCCGCCGGCUUGAGGAAUACGAAGCCAAGAGACAGAAAGAGGUCAAGGCUGCUCUCAACGAAGCUGUCAACAUGUCCGAGCUCAAACUACAAGCUCGUCGCGCCCACUUUGAUUCAGAAGCGUUGUCGACAGACGAUGAAGAAGAGCUAGAAGAAGAUGAGAUAGAAGACGACACCGAGCUGAUGCAGGGCGAUAGUGACGACAGUAUGGCCUCGGAAGAAGAGUCAAAGACGAGUGAAAGUGUUCAUGGGGAUGAAGACAACAUGUCAUCGUCCGAUGACGAGGAUGAUGCUAAGUCAACGACGUCCGAUGCCGACCUGAACCAGGAACAACUUCGACAAAAAUACGCCAAUGUCCCCGACCUGCCUCGAAAUGAAGAGCCAACAGCAGCAGGAGAAGAUGCGGAUACGCCGGCUAACUUGGCAGAUGAUGAAACCAGCGACGAAUCCGUGGACAUGGACGAUGAUAUGGGCUCGAGUGAUGAAAUGGACAGUGGUAGCGAAGAUGGAUCUGAAGUUGCCAGUGAUGAAGAGGAUGACGAGCCACUGGGCACGUUGGGAUUUUUGUUUGGCAAGUCUGAGCUGAAAAAGCUGCAAAAUGAGCAACCUGCUGAACCGGACGAUAUACCUGAUACCCCAAUGGAGGAUGCCCCUGAACCAAUUGCAGACGAGCCUUCGACUAUGGUCAAUGGAACCGCCGAAACGAAUGGGGAUGUUCGGUCGCCAGCAUUGGUUGCAGAACAGGCAGAAACACAAAAGGAUCCAUCCGAAGCUGACAAGCCCGACGAAAUCGCAGCUGUACCUGAGCCGCUGAAAUUGGAGACUGUUGGUAUGGAAGUCAUUGAUGCUGUUGAGGAGGUCAAGGCUGGCCAUACAACUGCCAUUGCAACGGCGGACACGAGUGCUGCACCCGAAGCAAUACCUAGCGUCGAGGAUGCUCCUACCACCAAUGGCCUGAACACAAGUCCCUUGCCCGACGGCAUCGCGACCAAUUCAGCCAGCGUUGAUGAUACGCAGUCCCCAAGGACAUCCGACACGAAGGUCUCGGAAAUUGAUACUGCUUCGACGGUAAAUCAACCUGAAGUCAGUAGAUCGACCUCACCUUCCCAUACACCAAAGACGGAAAUUCCCUUCUUGCUACGUGGUACACUGCGUGAAUAUCAGCACUUUGGUCUCGACUGGUUGGCAGGCUUGUACCAGAACAAGACGAAUGGUAUUUUGGCGGAUGAAAUGGGUCUUGGAAAGACUAUACAAACAAUUUCGCUUCUGGCUCAUUUGGCUUGUCAUCACGAGGUGUGGGGACCUCAUCUUGUCAUUGUUCCCACAAGCGUUAUGCUCAACUGGGAAAUGGAGUUCAAGAAAUGGUGUCCUGGUUUCAAAGUCCUCUCUUACUACGGCAGCAUUGAAGAACGAAAACGAAAGCGGCAGGGUUGGCAGACUGAUGACAUGUGGAAUGUCUGCAUCACAUCAUAUCAAAUCGUUUUGCAAGACCAGCAGGUCUUUAAACGGCGACGGUGGCAUUAUAUGAUUUUGGAUGAAGCGCACAACAUCAAGAAUUUUCAGUCCAAGCGCUGGCAAACACUUCUUGGCUUCAACACUCAAGCUCGACUACUGCUCACUGGAACGCCAUUGCAAAACAACCUGACAGAACUAUGGUCCUUGCUCUUCUUUUUGAUGCCUUCGGAGAAUGGUGUGGGUGGGUUUGCUGAUUUGGCGGAGUUUCAUGAAUGGUUCCGCAAGCCAGAGUCGCAGAUUCUUGAAAGUGGCCGAGAGCAGAUGGACGAUGAGGCACGUGCCAUUAUUUCCAAGCUGCAUAAAGUCUUGAGACCUUAUCUUCUUCGGCGUCUCAAGGCAGAUGUCGAGAAGCAGAUGCCAGCCAAGUAUGAGCAUGUUGAGUUUUGCCGAUUGUCUCGGCGCCAGAGGGAGUUGUACGAUGGAUUCCUCGCCCGCACCGAUACGCGACAGGCCUUGGCUUCCGGCAACUACAUUUCCGUCAUCAACUGUCUGAUGCAGCUACGGAAGGUGUGCAAUCACCCGGACCUCUUUGUGGAGAGGCCCAUCAUGACGUCCUUCCGCCAACGAACUUCAGUCAUUGGCGAAUACGGGUUCACAAAUCACUUGUUAAAAGACAAGUUUCUAGCAAAGAAGCCCAUGACGCAAGUCAGCCUGGAAUUUUUGAACUUUAUGCCGACGAUAUACGAAGAUCUGUCGCUCAGCGAAUGUCAACGCACUGCACAGCUGUCGACACAUUACGAUUUGAUGAAACUGCGUGAGUCGCAAGAGCAACGCGCCAGAGCCUGUCCUACAAGUUGCGACCCGUCUACCGUCGAGUCAAAUCUUGUCUAUCUCGAAGGAGCCUCCCGUCGGCGACGAUACGAAGAACUCCAGCAUCUCGUGUACCUCACGGCUUUACGAUGCCAACAACAGCCUAUCUAUGGCAAAUGGCUUCGGGAUUUCCUCACCAUUGGCGCGAACGAGAGACCGUCAAAGCCCCGGCCAAAGGUUCCCGCAAAGAUCAUGGCCUGGUUCGAGGAGGAUUCGACAUUCCUGCGCUCCAUGGUGUUGGAUGUCGAUCAGCGUGCUGCAGAAAUGAAAACAACAAUUUCAAAGUUUGCUUGCAUCACUCCAGCAGUCAUUACGAGGGAUGUUGAUCAAUUUGUACUUGGGUCAAAGGGAGUGGGUGCAUUCACAGAGGCAGAUCUGCGUCUAUCGGCGCCUGUACGCUACUCUCCUUUCAUGCCCAAGGAGACACCUCUUGAUCCUUGGCAUGAGGCUCGGAUGCGCCUCAGCAUUCAGUUUCCCGACAAACGCCUGUUGCAAUACGACUGUGGCAAGUUGCAAGCACUAGACAAACUUUUGCGCAAGCUCCAAUCCGGAGGGCAUCGUGCCUUGAUCUUCACGCAAAUGACCAAAGUGCUAGACAUUUUGGAGCAGUUCCUCAACAUACACGGCCACAAAUACCUUCGACUUGAUGGCGCGACAAAGGUUGAACAGCGCCAGAUUCUCACAGAUCGGUUCAACAAUGACAAUAGAAUUCUGUGUUUUAUUCUAUCGACUCGGUCUGGCGGUCUGGGCAUCAAUCUGACUGGAGCGGAUACUGUCAUCUUUUACGAUCAAGACUGGAACCCUGCCAUGGACAAGCAAUGCCAGGACAGAUGUCACCGUAUUGGUCAGACCAGGGAUGUCCACAUCUACCGCUUGGUGUCUGAGCAUACCAUCGAGGCCAACAUUCUCCGAAAAGCCAGCCAGAAGCAAAUGCUUGAUGAUGUUGUCAUUCAGGAAGGUGGUUUCACAACGGACUACUUUAAUAAAAUGUCCGUUCAUGACGUGAUGAAAGAUGUUGGCAGUGACCUGCAGGAAGACAUGGUGGGUGACGCCAUGGACCGGGUUCUUGGUACAGCAGAAGAACGCGGCGAGCGCGCAGUUGGGCGGGUUCUUGAACAGGCCGAAGACAGAGAAGACGUCGCUGCCGCUCAUGUUGCAGAAAAGGAGAUUAGAGAAGACGACGCCGAUUUCGACGAGAACGCAAUAACAGCCUCGGCUUCUGGUGCUUCCAGCGCAAGACAAGGCACCCCCGCGACCCGAGACGCAUCUGCUGCGCCCGGGCGUUCCAAUCUGGGGCUUUACGAAGAAUCAGCCGCAGAGCCAGUGGAGAUUGACCUCAAUGCAUGGAAAGAGCAGAUCCACAAUAUUGACGAGUUCAUGAUGAGCACUAUGACGGUAAUGCUCGAGGGCACGCCUCUUGAGAUUCCCAAGGAUAAAAAGAAAGGAAAGAACAACAAGAAGGGCAAGGAUCACAGGAAGCGCUGA